AUGGUGGAAGCAAAAUUCCUGAAUCCUCUUCCCCUUCCCUCAGACCCUCCAAAGACACACGUGACCCGCCACCCCAUCUCUGAGCAUGAGGUCACCCUGAGGUGCUGGGCCCUGGGCUUCUACCCUGCGGACAUCAGCCUGACCUGGCAGCGAGACGGGCAGGACCAGACCCAGGAUAUGGAGUUUGUGGAGACCAGGCCCGCGGGGGACGGGACCUUCCAGAAGUGGGCGUCCCUGGGGGUGCCCCCUGGAGAGGAGCAGAGAUACACCUGUGUUGUGCAGCACGAGGGGCUGCCGGGGCCCCGGGCCCUGAGAUGGGAGCCUCCCUCUCAGACCCCCUUCAUCAUCAUGGGCACUGUUGUUGGCCUGGUUGUCCUCGGAGCUGUGGUGGCUGGAGCUGUGAUGUGGGCGAGGAGGCGCUCAGGUGGGAAAGGAGGGAGCUACGCUCAGGCUGCCAGCAGUGACAGCGCCCAGGGCUCUGAUGUGUGUCUCUCGGCUUCUAAAGCGUGAGGCAGCUGCCUGUGGGGACUGAGUGAUGGAAGAUCUGUUCAGGCUCCCACUUGGUGACUCAAGAACCUCAGAUUGGGAGGCUGCCCCAGCCCUGCCCCCAGGUCCCCUCCCCACACUUCCCUGUCCAGCAGAGGCGGGGCUGCCCCCCCCCCCUUCGAUUGCACUGAUCUGCAGCUUCUUACUACUGUAUUGAAAUGAGACCCCUCCCGGCCUGUGUGGCUCAGUGGUUGAAUGUCUCCCAUCCACCAGGAGGUCUCUGGUUGAUUCCCAGUCAGGCUCAUGCCCGGGGUGUUGGCUGGAUCCCCAGUUGGGGGCGUGCAGGAGGCAGCCAAUCAAUGUUUCUCUCUCUCAUCGAUGUUUCUGUCUCUCCCUGUCCCUUCCUCCAUGAAAUCUGUACAAACAUUAAAGAAAUCGAAGAAAUAGG